AUGACUAUUUGUCCCAAGAGUUUUCAACCUUUACCCGAGUGGUACAUCGCCAUGUCUAUGACCAUAGCAUCAGUCACAAUACCUUUAUCACUCUACACAUUAUUCUUAAUGAUUAUACUCACUCCGCCUCAUACAGACAAGUAUUAUAGAGCCUAUUUGAUUUUAUACCAUGUGGUUGCCUGCUUCUUCUCAACCUUCAACGGCCUAUCGACUGUGAUACAGUACAUGCCGGACUUCCUAAUAGUUCAAGGAGGCAUUUCUAUAUUCAACUGUGUGAACGCCAUUUUUAUAAACCUGAUAAGCCAAAUGGAUGUUACUAUUCUUGCUGGUCUUGUUAUAUAUCAUCGGUUUACUAUCUUCUUAUUUGGUGAUCGGCAUCAACUGUUCUUCCGUCUGUCAUAUUAUUCAUUCUUUGCCAUCACUACGCUUCCAACAACCAUCUUAUUCAUCUGGAUGCUAAUUAACAAUCAGGAUAAGCAAAGAAACCCUCAACUGUUGGUGGACUGUCCGCACCUUAUUGAGCUCAAUAAAUAUGAUUAUGCGUUCACGGAUGACGAAGUUUUAAUUGGAUAUGUUAUAUAUGGACUCAUCUUUCCCACAGUUGUCGGCGCCUGUGUUAUUGUUCCUUUGUUCGGCACCUUUUCUUGGAUGAUGGUAAAACGGAAAUCCUAUAUUUCUCCGGCGACGCAUAAGUUGCAAAUGAAGCUGUUGAAGAAUACAAUCAUACAGUGUACGUUCCCGACUAUGUGCCACGCGUUCCCCGCCAUGGCUGCAGAAGUUAUUUUUUUCUUCAAAGUUGAGGUUCACUUGUAUGUCAGUCUCUCUAUCUGGGGCGCCGGGACGCUUCAUGGGAUUCUAAAUUGUGUUCUUCUUCUCUUCCACAACGAGUUUUACAAUAGAAAAAUGAAAAGAGAUAUGAUUCAACUGAUAUCAUUGAUGAAAUCUUUUUUUUACAAAAAGAAUCGAACAACUGCUGUGGAGUGUGCAGAUAGACUGAAAUCUUUGACAAAAGGUUGA